AUGGUCACCAUGACCAUCACCUCGCCGUGGAUUGACGAGGUGAUGGUCACCAUGACCAUCACCUCUCCGUGGAUUGACGAGGUGAUGGUCAUCAUGACCAUCACCUCGUCAAUCCACGGAGAGGUGAUGGUCAUGGUGACCAUCACCUCGUCACCCAUCGACGUCGGCUGCGAUCGAGGUGGUCGCGAAUCGGGCCACCCAAACUGGUACGCCCAGCGCCUCAUGGGCCGCGUGGGAGGUCAGGACGAGGUGCAAUCGACAUCGAAGCGCGUCCGCAUCGGCAUCGCCAUGACGAGCGCGGCGGCGGCACCCACCGCAAGGGCGUCGUGUCUCGCCACCUUCAAGGGCGUCGUCGACUUCGCGCGGGCGGUGACCGCCCAGAUGGAGGAUGCGGAUCGGGCCCAGGUGAUCGAGCGCCAGGUCGCCCACGUGAAGAUGAUCGCCCGUCGUGGUGGUUGCGCCAGGGAUGACGCGACUCAGACCGUACACGCCAUCAACGCGACAGACAUCCUCACGGCCGCCCAGAAGCGCGAGCUGAUAACUGCAGUAACGGAGUCGGUGACGAUGGACAUCGCCAUGACGGGCAAGCGUGACGGGCGUAACUUCAACGUGCAGUACCAGACGCACCAGUACCCAGAGCACUACCUGACGACAGAGAUGCGGGCGCUGCUACAGGACCCCCACCUGGGGGUCGAGGCGAAGCUCGAUAAGGUUGGCGAGUACUUCGUGCACACCCUCGGCCUGCACUACCCCGACCAGAAGACGGUGCCUCGCUUGGCCGCCCUCGCGGUCGCGAGCGAGAUCGCCGCGGGUCGGGAGCCUACGCCCGCGCAGGCGUUCGAGUACAAGAACCAGCUCAAGGCUGGGCGCCCGAUGGGGGUCGCGUGCUGCCCAGAGGAGCAGAUCAAGAAGAAACGUGCAUCGAGGCGCUCGGCGCAAUCGUCUGUCUGCAACUACCCCCUCCUUGUGUCGCAAUUCGUCGAGAUCGAGCCGCAGGUGCUCGGGGCUUCCGUGCUCCCCAAGCCUCAGUUUAGCGAGGCCCUGCUCCUGCAAGCAGGGCAGAUCACGAAAGCCCGCAAAACGAACGGAAUAUAUGAGCACCCCUCGGGGGGCAGCAGCAGCAUGGUCCCGUUCGAGCGCCCGAACCCGAACAGCAGGCGCCAGGACGCAUUCAUGCAGCAGAUGAGCACGAUGCUUAACAUGUUCGGCCAGCUCAUGGGCACCGCAUCGGCAGGAGGGGGUCCGCGGCAGGGCGACACCCCGCUGACCUUCUUGAAUGAGCCCCCAUCGGGCUUGCGGAGGACCUCAUCAGCAGGGUCCCUCGAGCCGCCGACGACGCCCGCUCCAAAGGGCGCCGUGCCGGAUCCUGGCUCGGGGACGCCGCCGCUCCAAGCUUCGAGGAAGCGCGCGCUCGCCGAAGUCGAUGACGACGAAGACGAUGAGGAGCAGCAUCCAGCUAUGAAGAAGCCCGCCGCUGCCAGCGGGGGGCCCGCGGCGCCCCCGCUACCCGCGCUCAAGAAGCAGCCCCCCAUACAUUACAAGGAUUAUGCCAUCUAUACGGACGAGAAGAACUCCAAGUGGCGGGUCAAGAAGGUGGGCGUUGUCUGGGACAAGAUGUUCAGUUGGGGGACCUGGGGCGCGUACGGCGGCGACGAGAAGAAGGCGUGGAAGGCUGUGGUCGAGUGGAUCGACGGUGACAAGGGGAACUGGUAG